AUGGAUGUCGUUUAUCUGUUCACAUGGAUAUUGCUCUGGUUGAUGUUGACAUUGAAAAGGGAAUGGUCGUUCAACGUCGCUCACAAAGUGCACCAGAUGUAUGCCCUUCAGGUGCAGUUUGCAUAUUCAUUUGUAGUCGCUUACUUUGCACAUGUAUUGUUCAAAUACUGGCAGUCUCAAUAA